AUGUGUCUUCGCACCGAACGGUACACACCUCAACGACGGUUGUACUCGGUUGGGAUAUAUCUCCACCGGUACCUUCCUUCCGAUCUGGUCAUUUAUUGCCGAAGCCAAACGUGGAGAGCGUCGGGGAUUUGGGGGGCUCAACAUCCUCCUUUCCCGCGGCUGUGCAAUGGGAGCUUCCACUCUUGGUUUGCUGUUUUUUCUUCUUUUCUUUCCUCUUCCUUGGCUGAAUCUGACGAAGGAAAAGAGGUGAAAAUACAUGCUGGUCCAAGGGAUGCUUCUGACAGCAUGCGGGAUGGUAUUCAUCGGUUCUUUGGAUGUCUCUGGCUUGAGACUGGUUUCCAGCAGCUUUGCUUAAGGAGUCUGCCAUCUGCUCUUCACGUGUCCUCUGCUUUCUCCAAAAGCUGA